AUGAAAAAUGAAGCAACAGGAGAUACAGCGACAAAAGAACAAAUCAGCUUCGCUCGAGGAGAGGCACAAGGCUACAGCAGCAGCAACAGCAGCAGCAGCAGCAGCAGCAGCAGCACCAACAACUACAAUGGAUGCGUGUCGCCGCCGCAGCAGCAGCAACAGCAGCAGCAGCAGCAACAGCAGCAGCAACAGCACCAGCAACGCCUAAGUGACCCUAAGCCUAGCGACACCGCGCAGCAAAGUACUGCAUGUGUGCGUGAGCUAGCAGCAGGCGGGCGCAGCCGCACAUCUGCAGCAGCUGCUGCUGCCGCUGCAGCAAUGGCAACAGCUGCUGCAGCAACAGCAGCAUCAUUCCCAGGAACAGCAGCUCCAAGGGCGGCUGCGGCAGCAUUGCCUUUAGCUGCUGCUGCAGCUAUUGCUCCCUUAGCUGCUACUCCUGCUGCUGGUCCCGUUGCUGCUGCUGCUGCUGCUGCCGCCCCACAAGAGGGUUGGGGAUCUCUACGGUUUGGUGGGACACAGCAGCAGGGAGGCGGAGCAGCAGCAGCAGCAGCAGCGGAGGCAGCAGCAAAAGCUUCGGAAGCUCCAACAACAUCAGCAGCAGCGGCAGCAAUAGCAGCAGCAGCAGCGGAAGCCGCAACUCCAAUUGUCUACAGAACAGCAGCAGCAACAGACCUCGCAGCAGCAGCAGCGACAGCGGGAGCGGCCCCUGAUGCUGCAGCUGAGGUGGCUGAUGCGGAAGGAGCUGCUGGUGGCGUUGCUGCCGCAUCAACGGACGCGGCAGCAUCAGCUGCAGCAGCAGCAGCAGCGCGAGCGGCCAGGUGUACGUACACCCCAACUGCAGCAACAAAACAAGACACGUGUGAAUUAUUUUCUUUAGAGUUGUGGCUGCGGCUGCUGCCCUCCAGUGCUGCUGAAGUGGCAGCAGCAAAGGCUGCGCUGCAGCAGCAGCAAGAGGAGCAGCAGCAGCGGCAGCAGCAACAGCAACGGGCAGCCACAGGAGACGAAUUCGAAGAUGCAGCAGAGCUCGUGCUGCUGCUGCAGCAGCUGCUGCAGCGGAUUGCUCCCUGGCUGCUUCUGUCGCCACAGGACGCCCUUCAGUCUUCCCGCGCUGCCGCAAAGUUCUGGUGCUUGCUGCUGCAGUUCAGCAGCCCUGCUGUAUCUGCUGCUCUCGAAAGUCUCACGGGAGAUCCACUGUGGGCUCAUUUGCCGCUGCUGCACUCUCUUGUCUUGGGGAGAUUUAGUUCUCCCCGCGCAGCUCUUGCUGCUGUCCACUGCCUCCUCAGCUUGGCCGGCGAGAGGGGGGAUGCUGGCGUCUGCUAUUUGUACUUUCUCUCGGCUUACGCGCUGCUGCACCGCAACAGUUUUGCUGCAGAGCCCCAGCGGCUGCUGAACUCUCAAGAGGCAAUGGACCACUGCCUCCUGCGGCCCUCUGUUGCGCACCCCUCCUUCGGUGCUGCUGCAGCUGCAGCAGCUGCUGGGGGCCUGCAGGGCAUCUGGGGAGCUGCGCUUCCUGCAGCAGCAGCAGCUGCAGCAGCAGCAGCAGCUGGAACUUAA